AUGGGAAACUGCAGCUUACAUAUUGACAAUUUCGACCCUACAAUCAGCAUAGACUCCACCCAAUUUGAAUUCCACAAUCCAAUUGGAAAAGGAGGCUUCAGCAAAGUAUGAAAAGUCACACACAAGAAGACCAAGCAAUCUUUUGCUUUAAAAGAGAUGCUGAAAUCAAGGGUCCUCGCUAAGAGAUCUGUUCACUCUGUAAUGAACGAAAAAAGACUUCUCACUCCCCCCUCCUGAGUGAACAAAACCAUUAGAAAAAUCGCUAUUUUUUGCCCAAAAACCCACCCUCCGUAAGUGAACAAAAAUUUUUUUAAUAGAAAAAUUUUUUAUGAAAAAAAGAUUUUGAUAUAUAAGUGAUAAUUAGUAUAAUGAAAUCUCGAGCUAAUUCGGUUUAAUUUUAAACAAAUUGCGUUUUAAAAAUAUAAUUAUUACAAAUUAAAUUAAUCUUUGCCUUCCAAUUUUUAUAGAAGUGAGAUUUUUUUUAAAUUUCGAAAAAAACAUUUUAUAAAAAAUUUAUAUAUAAAUUGUUAAAAAAAAAAAAUUAGCCCCCCUCCGUGAGUGAACAAAAAUUUUUUUGUUCACUCACGGAGGGGGGAGUCAGCAUUUUAAAGCACCCUUUUAUUGUGAACAUGCAUCACGCUUUUCAAGACCGAGAUUUCCUUUAUCUCACCAUGGAUCUCAAAGCCGGUGGAGAUUUGAGAUAUCAAUUAACAAAGCAAGCGUUUAAUGAAGAGCAAGCAAAAUUCAUAAUUGCCUGUUUAGUCACUGGUUUAGAAUACCUGCACUCGAAUAAAAUUUUGCAUAGGGAUAUCAAACCAGAAAAUUUAGUUUUCGACAGCUUAGGAUACUUGCAUAUUACUGACUUUGGAAUAGCAAGAAUUUGGAUGGAAGAUAACUCAGGGGAUACGUCAGGAACCCCUGGGUAUAUGGCUCCGGAGGUUAUGUGCAGACAAAGCCACUCAUAUGUGGCUGACUGAUAUGCAGUAGGAGUUAUACUCUACGAAAUGAUAGCUGGGGUUAGACCUUAUCUUGGAAAAGAUAGGAAAGAAAUCAGAGACCAAAUAUUGUCAAAACAAGUACAACUUAAAAGAAGCGAUAUUCCUUCAACUUGGUCUCAAGAGGCGUUAAAUUUUGCUAAUCAUCUAAUACAAAGAAAAGCCCAGAAUAGGCUUGGUAAUGGAGGGUAUGAAGAAGUGAAAAAUCACCCAUGGUUGGCUGAUGUGGAAUGAGUCAAAUUGUUUAGAAAAGAAAUAAUUCCAACUUUUCAGCCUAGCAAUUCUGAUAACUUUAAUCUUAAGCACGCAAGUGAAGAUUGAAAUGAUGGUAUUGCUGUUAAGGCUGAUAUUUGCCAAGAUAUUUUUAUUGGGUAUUUUUACAACGAGGCACCUCCUCCACCUCCACAAAAUGAAAAAGAAGACCCAAACAGCCAAAAAUCAAAGAGAAGGAAAAAUUCAUUUUUCAAGUUUAUAAACUAA